AUGGUUGCAAGCACAACAACGUCCACAGACACCGCCACCACAACUCCGCCAACCCCCGCCUCUCAACCAUCGCCUCCAAACAUUAAUAUACGGAAUCCCCUACCUCUAUCAGCUUCGCAGGAAGCGCAAGUCAGAGAUCUAUACUAUAAGCGGGUAAGGGGCUAUUGCGCGGCAGAGAUCAAAGAAUUUGCUGCCUGCGCCAUAAACCGCACCAUAACCGCAACAUGGGUAUGUCGCAAGCAGCGCCUUGCCAUGAACGCCUGCAUGGUUGAGCACGCCAAGCCCGAAGAGGAGGAUCGCGCUCGCGAAGAGUGGUUUGCCGGUCGUGAGGAGCGGAGGAGAGCUCGCGAGUUGCAGAGUAAGAAGAUUGAGGAGCAGCGGAGGGAGGUUUUGCAGAUGAUGAGGGAUGAUGAGGAGAGGAGGAGAGAGGCGACGGCUGAAGGGGCGGCGGCUAAUGGGAAAGGGAAAGGGUGGUUUGGAUAG